UGUGUGUGUGUGUGUGUGAGUGAGAGAGAGAGAGAGAGAGAGAGAGAGAGAGAGUGAGUAAGUAAGUGAAGUCACUAACGGCCGGGCAGGCCACGCCCACUCCAUGACUUAGACGUGCUGCGGCUGUGAUCGUUUUAAAGAACCAUGUCCCUGGGAAACUGCCUGAACGUGUCAGCAUGAGCAGCUUGGACAAACCCCGCCGUAGAGGACGACCCCAGAAAAUCCCCAACCGACAGGCUCCUCCCACUUCAUCGGAGACCAGCUCUGACCCCGCCUCCAAAGCUCACACUGCACCUGAGAAGAAAACCAGAGGAAAAGCAGGCAGAGCUGUCGCACAGCAUCCUGACUCCAAAUCCACGGCUGUCUCACCUCUGUCACCUGUCUCACACACACACACACCAGCAAGAAACGGACACUUGACCCGAAACUCCUCCGGACGUUCUCCUCGGAGAGGGAGGAAGAAGAAGAGCGAGAAGAAGGAGAGAUCAGAUAUCAGCCCUGAUGAGAGAUCAGACCCCGGUGCUGAUCCUGACACCACACAGACUGAGCAGCAAAAUGCCAGAAUAACACCACCAUCAUCAUCACCACCACCACCAUCAUCACCACCACCACCACCAUCAUCAUCACCACCACCACGCACUCAGGGACUGAGAGCUACUAAAGAGACCUCAACACACGCUACAUUGUCAUGUCCGGGUUCUCCUCAGGACACACCUGUUUCCCUGCCCAAAUGUGACUUGGCCGUAGGAACGCCGAAGCCACGGCGAGGGCGUCCACCCAAACCCCGCCUCAGCUCCACCCCACAGCGCAGCAGGACACCGCAGUCCCAGCUGCACCUCAGCCCCAUCACGAAAACACUGCCAAAGAGAGUCCGAUCUCAGAAUCCUGAAGCUCAGCGGAGGAAGAGGCCGAGGAAGAAGGCGGAACAUGAAUCGUGUGAGAUGCCACCAGUCAAAAGGCAGAGAAAGAAGAAAUCGGCGAAAGCGGAGCUUCCCCCCAGCCAGCGAAUGAGGACACGCUUUGUGCUGGAGGAUUCGGAGCACCAUGAGCCAGAAGAGACGACCUCUGACCUGUCCAUUGAGCUGAGUGUACAGGAGGAUAAUCUGUCUCUCACACAAACACUCGCGCUGGACGAUGAGGAGGACGAAGAGGACGAAGAGCUGCCCAGCGUCCUACAGAGGAUCAGACAGAAACCGUUCUCGAUCCGAGAGGGACUGUGUGUGUGGUGUAAACUGAGGAAAUACCCCUUCUGGCCAGCCAUAGUCAAGAGUGUGAACCGUAAGGCUAAGAAGGCCAGCAUUGUGUUUAUUGACCAGUUUCUGAUUGAUAAGAAGAGUAUAAGUAAAGGUUUAUCUGUCUCUCUGAGGACGCUGAAGCCGUUCGACUGUGAAGAGUAUAAACACUUUGUGGACAUUGCCAAAGAGCAGUACGGUGAAUACUUCACGUUGUGUAUGGAACUCAUCUCUGACUACAACAUCCGCAUUGGUUGUGGCUCAUUUGUCGGCUCCAUCAUUGAGUACGUUGCUGAUGAUAUCAGUCAGCCAUUGAGGAGUCAGUACUUGAAGGCUUCGUCAGAUCUUCUGUCUCCCACUCAGUGUCUGAUGGAGCAGCAGGAUAAAGACUCUGAGAUUCAGGACAUUGAGGGGCAUUCUGACCUUCAGGACUUCCAUGUGGUGAAGAAAGUUCUCCCUGACCGCACGCAAGCUGCCAGGAACCGCGCCAACCAGAGACUGGUGGACUACAUCGUGAAGAAACGAGGAGCACAGGACCGCUUACUGGCGGUCAUCAGUGGUCAGCAGGCGUCCAGGUGGCUGCAGGAUCUGCACAGCUCCAGCCGCUUGGUGGUGGGUCAGAUGUACCUGGAGGACGAGGAGCAGGUGGACGCAGUGUACUGCUACCUGGAGGAGCUGUGUCAGAGCGCCGCUAGAGCUAACCGCGGUCUGGAGAAGUCAGACCGGAUCCGCUACAUCCUGGAUGUCCUCUUCCCCGAGGCUUUGAUUUGUGCGAUAUCUGCAGUGGAUUCUGUCUCUCUGGACAAAGCAGAGGAGAAAUAUCGGCAAGGACCUCGCCAUAGCAACAGAGAGAGACAGGAGUUUGACCAGAUGAUUGAGCAGCAGAUGAAGCUGAGGGCAGCAGACUCGUCACUCUGAACCCUGCUGUGUUUAUUUACUUAUUGUUUAUAAUAAUGAUGAUCAUGUUUACUUCUAAAUGUGAAAUACAGUUGUUUUUUUUAAAUAAAAGCAUCAUGAACACA